AUGGAGUUCAAGAAAUUCAGCCCCGAAGACGUCUCGGCACAUAAUACGGACGGUGAUAUAUACAUUGCCAUCCAUAGCCACGUCUACGAUGUGAGCAAGUUUGCCAGCCAGCACCCGUACACUACUAACUCUGGUGAGCGCAGUGGUGGUUCUGAAAUAUUUUUCGACGUGGCUGGGAAAGAUGCGACUGAAGCAUUUGAGGACAUCGGCCACAGCGACGAGGCCCGUGCAAUGCUUCCGGAAUUCACAGUUGGCGAGCUAGAG